AAGAAAGAAAGAAAAGAAAGAAAGAAAGAGAAAGAAAAAGUAAGAAAGAAAGAAAGAAAGAAAGAAAGAAAGAAAGAAAGAGAAAGAAAGAAAGAAAGAAAGAAAGAGAAAGAAAGAAAAGAAAGAAAGAAAGAAAGAAAGAAAGAAAGAAAGUAUCUCUCCUUGCAAGCUCCUAAGCCUAGCUGUGCAUAUUUCAUUAAUUAUAAUUUGGAGGAGAUGGAGAGUUUCUUUGAGGUGACAGACAAACAGCAGGAUAUCAUGAAUAUGUAUUGGGUGGCUGAGAAAAAUAAAUUAACAGGGGCCAUCCACUCUGGUGACCCACUUAGGCUGUCAUUGAUGAGUGUGACAGGAAGGUUCUCUAAGAACUGA